AUGCCGGUCAUGAAAGGAUUACUGGCGCCCCAGAACACCUUCCUCGACACCAUCGCCACCCGUUUUGACGGAACACAUAGCAACUUCAUCCUUGCCAAUGCUCAGGUGGCUAAAGGUUUCCCCAUCGUCUACUGUUCUGAUGGCUUCUGUGAGCUUGCUGGAUUUGCCCGAACUGAAGUCAUGCAGAAGAGUUGCAGCUGCAAGUUCUUAUUUGGAGUUGAAACCAAUGAACAACUGAUGCUUCAAAUAGAAAAGUCACUGGAGGAAAAAUCAGAAUUCAAAGGAGAAAUUAUAUUCUAUAAGAAGAACGGGUCUCCAUUUUGGUGUCUAUUGGAUAUUGUUCCUAUAAAGAAUGAGAAAGGAGAUGUGGUUCUUUUCCUGGCCUCAUUCAAGGAUAUAACAGAUACAAAAGUGAAGAUCGCUCCAGAAGAAAAAAAAGAAGACAAAGCCAAAGGAAGAUCAAGAGCAGGGACCCACUUUGACUCAGCCCGGAGACGGAGUCGAGCUGUCCUUUAUCACAUCUCUGGACACCUGCAAAGAAGAGAAAAGAACAAAUUGAAAAUAAAUAAUAAUGUAUUUGUAGAUAAACCAGCAUUUCCGGAGUACAAAGUUUCUGAUGCAAAGAAGUCCAAAUUCAUACUUCUGCAUUUUAGCACUUUUAAAGCUGGCUGGGACUGGCUUAUUCUGUUGGCAACGUUCUAUGUUGCUGUGACUGUACCUUACAAUGUUUGCUUUAUUGGCAAUGAUGACCUGUCCACCACCCGGAGCACAACGGUCAGUGACAUUGCAGUGGAGAUUCUGUUCAUUAUAGAUAUUAUUUUAAAUUUCCGAACAACUUACGUCAGCAAAUCUGGCCAAGUGAUCUUUGAAGCAAGAUCAAUUUGCAUCCACUAUGUCACAACUUGGUUCAUCAUCGAUUUAAUCGCCGCCCUGCCUUUUGAUCUCCUAUAUGCUUUCAACGUCACAGUGGUGUCUCUCGUGCAUCUCCUAAAGACUGUGCGACUGCUACGCCUCCUACGUCUCCUGCAGAAACUGGACCGUUAUUCCCAACACAGCACUGUCGUCUUGACUCUGCUCAUGUCUGUGUUUGCACUGCUUGCACACUGGAUGGCGUGCAUCUGGUAUGUCAUUGGGAAAAUGGAGCGGGAAGACAACAGCCUUCUCAAGUGGGAAGUUGGUUGGCUCCAUGAGUUGGGAAAGAGACUGGAAUCCCCCUACUAUGGCAACAACACCUUGGGGGGCCCCUCAAUCCGCAGCGCCUACAUCGCCGCGCUGUACUUCACCCUCAGCAGCCUCACCAGUGUUGGGUUUGGCAACGUCUCUGCUAACACAGACGCAGAGAAGAUCUUCUCCAUCUGCACCAUGCUGAUUGGUGCCCUGAUGCACGCCCUGGUGUUUGGAAAUGUCACGGCAAUCAUUCAGAGGAUGUAUUCCAGGUGGUCUCUCUAUCACACCAGAACUAAGGAUCUGAAAGACUUCAUCCGUGUCCAUCACUUGCCCCAGCAGCUCAAGCAGAGGAUGCUCGAGUAUUUCCAAACCACCUGGUCAGUCAACAAUGGCAUAGAUUCAAAUGAGCUUUUGAAAGAUUUUCCAGAUGAGCUACGUUCUGACAUCACCAUGCACUUGAACAAGGAGAUACUACAGUUGUCCCUUUUUGAGUGUGCCAGCCGGGGCUGCCUCAGGUCUCUGUCUCUGCACAUCAAGACCUCCUUCUGUGCCCCAGGGGAAUAUCUGCUACGCCAAGGGGAUGCCUUGCAGGCCAUCUACUUUGUAUGCUCCGGCUCCAUGGAAGUCCUCAAAGACAGCAUGGUGCUGGCGAUUCUUGGGAAAGGGGACUUAAUUGGAGCCAAUUUAUCAAUUAAGGACCAAGUGAUCAAGACCAAUGCAGAUGUAAAGGCUUUAACCUACUGUGAUCUCCAGUGCAUCAUCCUCAAAGGACUCUUUGAAGUGCUCGACCUUUACCCAGAAUAUGCUCACAAAUUUGUGGAAGACAUCCAGCACGAUCUCACGUACAACCUCCGGGAAGGUCAUGAGAGUGAUGUGAUAACAAGAUUAUCGAACAAAUCUACAGUCCCACAGUCAGAGCCCAAGGGAAAUGGUAGCAUCAAGAAGAGACUCCCAUCCAUUGUAGAAGAUGAGGAGGAGGAAGAGGACGGGGAGGAAGAAGAGACAGCGUCCCUCUCUCCCAUCUAUACAAGGGGAUCCUCCUCUUCUCGCAGCAAGAAGAUUGGGAGCAACAAAAGUUACCUAGGACUAAGCUUAAAGCAGCUGGCCUCAGGAACAGUGCCAUUUCACUCACCUAUCAGAGUCUCCAGUUCAAAUUCCCCCAAAGCCAAGCAAGAGACUGAUCCUCCUAACCAUGGUAAAAGGAAAGAGAAGAACUUGAAAUUGCAGCUUUCAACCUUGAAUAGUGUUGGGCCCCCAGACCUCAGUCCGAGAAUUGUUGAUGGGAUUGAAGAUGGAAACAGCAGUGAAGAAAGUCAGACUUUUGACUUUGGCUCUGAACGUAUCAAACCAGAGCUCAGAAUUUCUCCUCCUAUUGGAGACCCAGAGAUUGGAGCUGCUGUUCUCUUCAUCAAAGCAGAGGAGACCAAGCAGCAAAUAAACAAACUCAACAGUGAGGUAACGACACUGACUCAGGAAGUCUCCCAGCUAGGUAAAGAUAUGAAGAGUGUGAUGCAGCUUCUGGAAAAUGUUCUGUCACCUCAGCAACCAUCCCAGCUUUGCUCUCUGCAUCCCACUGCUGUGUGUCCCUCCAGGGAGAGCUUGCAGACAACAAUGAGUUGGAGCACGCACCAGCCGUGCCUGCACUUGCAAACAGCUGGGGCUGCUUAUACCCAAGCACAACUGUGUGGCAGUAAUGUCACCUCAGACAUUUGGGGUGUGGAUCACUCUUCUUUGGGGAGCAGCCCCCAACGAACUGGAGUUCGUGAGCAACACCCUGCAGACAGUGAACUUUGUCAUUCUCCAAAUAUUGAUUAUUCACCUUCCCACUACCAAGUUGUCCAAGAAGGUCAUUUGCAAUUUUUAAGGUGCAUCUCUCCACAUUCAGAUACUACACUGACACCUCUGCAGUCCAUUUCGGCGACCCUCUCAUCCUCGGUCUGCUCCUCCUCAGAGACAUCUUUGCACCUGGUUCUCCCAAGCAGAUCAGAGGAAGGUAGCUUCAUUCAGGGAGCUGUGAGUUCUCUCAGUCUGGAAAACUUGCCAGGAUCUUGGGACCGAGAAGGAAUGGCAUCAGUCUCUACCAAACCCUUGGAGAACUUUCCCCUGGAAGUCGUCACAAGCACAGCAGAAACGAAAGAUAAUAAAGCCAUAAAUGUAUGA